GGCCUAACCCUGUCUGACCUUAUAGAAGCUUCAGCCGCUUCUUUGCCCCCCUCCUACCACCCUAACUCCAAACCCUAGCUUCCUAGCCUACGCGUCCCCGAGCGAGCAUGGAUCGGAUCGUCGGUAGCAAGUACAAGCUGGGCCGCAAGAUCGGGAGCGGCUCCUUCGGGGAGAUAUAUCUCGCCACGCAUGUCGACACGUACGAGAUUGUAGCCGUCAAGAUCGAAAACAGCAAAACCAACCAUCCCCAAUUGUUAUACGAGGCCAAACUGUAUAAUGCUCUUCAGGGAGGGACUGGUAUUGCAAACAUAAAAUGGUGUGGCAUUGAUGGCGAAGAAAAUGUUCUUGUUAUUGAUUUGCUUGGGCCAAGCCUUGAGGAUCUGUUUGUUUAUUGUGGCCGGAGAUUCUCACUGAAGACAGUUUUGAUGUUGGCAGAUCAGAUGAUAACAAGAAUAGAGUUUUUGCAUUCUAAGGGGUACUUGCACAGGGACAUCAAGCCCGACAACUUUCUUAUGGGCCUUGGUCGGAAAGCUAACCAGGUCUACAUCAUUGACUUCGGACUUGCCAAGAGAUACCGUGACUCAACCACGAAUCGCCAUAUACCCUAUAGAGAAAAUAAAAAUUUGACUGGCACAGCUCGCUAUGCAAGCUGCAACACUCAUCUUGGGAUUGAGCAAAGCCGAAGGGAUGAUCUGGAGUCCAUUGGAUAUGUUCUCUUGUAUUUUCUAAGGGGAAGUCUUCCUUGGCAGGGUUUAAAAGCUGCCACAAAGAAGCAGAAAUAUGACAAAAUAAGUGAGAAGAAGCUUUCAACACCUAUCGAGGUUUUGUGUAAAACCCAUCCUGUGGAAUUUGCUUCUUAUUUCCACUAUUGCCAUUCAUUGACAUUUGAUCAACGGCCAGACUACGGUUUUCUGCGACGGCUCUUUAGAGACCUGUCGGACCGUGAAGGGCACCAAUUCGAUCAUGUCUUUGACUGGACGCUGUUGAAGUGUAAGCAAACCCAGAAGGUGAAGGCUCAACAGCAAGAUCCUGGUGUAAGUAGCAGGCCGGUUGCAAAGAAUAUGGACAAACACCAAGUUAGUGGUUUACGUGCAGCUGAAGCUUCUUGUCAGCUUGAAGCAGAACAACGCCCAGUAAUCAGAAUGCAAAUAAGAUCUACUGCUGAGAACAGCCGUUCAAAUAAUCGACAUUCUGAUAAAUUGAGGGUGAGUGCUAGCACUGAUAAGGAAUUGCUGCAAUCAACAUCAUUUGGCCAUGCUGGUGCCCCAAGGAAGAACGGAUCAAUCUCCAAAACACCAUGGCUUGUCGAUCCCAACUCAGGACCUUCAAACCACCUUUAGCACUCUGAUCAGUCAGUUCCUAUGUUCAUGCCGGUCUAUUUAGUAACCAUUGGUCAUCUGGGUAUGGUUUCAGCUGAUAAUCCAAAGGCAACAUGUAAAUUUUAAGUUUCUAAGCUGUCCUCUCUACUAGUUGAAUAUGUGGUUGAUGUGAUGAUGUGAAUUCAACACCACUUAUCAUAUGCUUUUAGUUUGCAAGUUGACAUCUUAUUAAACAUAGAUGGGCUUUAGCGUCAAAUGUAUGUGGUUGGAUCUAACCAAGCAAGGGUUGUGAAGAGGGCCCUGUAAAGUAGGAGUACAUGAUUUUGGUUAGCAUGGGAUGCUUGGAUGAUUAUUAUUUUGACUGCUUCGAUGCCACUUCUUGUGUUCCGGUGGUUGAAAUCCAUUGCGAUUCUCAUGCCCAAAGUGCAAUCUGGUGCAGAUCACCAUGGAUGUGAUCACGUAUUUAAUACUCCCUCCGUCCAAAAAAAGCUUUCCUAGAUUUGUGUAGAUAUGAAUGUAUUUAGACACGUUUAUGUUAGAUACAUCCGUAUCUAGAUAAAUCUAAAGCAAAUUUUUUGAGACGGAGGUAAUAUAAGAGUAUGACCUUGUCGGACUGUAUCAUUUGAACCGAGCUAAAAAGGUGCUGAUCACCAUACAUGUAGUUACGUAUUU